UUUAACAAAAUUUUUAUUUUUCAUUUGUUUGUUUCUCAAAAUUCCAUGUGAUCUGUUUUCUCCCCCAAAAAAUACCAAUUUCCUUCACCUAAGUCGUUAGAAAAUCACAGGGUAGUUAGUAAAAAGAAAAAAAAAGGUAAUAUGAACGAGAAUUCCGAUGAGGAGGGCGGGGCAGCGUCCCAGGAAUACUACUUCUACAGCCUUGGGCGGACGCUGAUCUCAAUGAGCCGAAUAACCAACCUAAAUGUGAGGACGCUCAUCAUUGUCGGUCAGCCAAUCACGAACUUGGAUGGAAUCGAAACGCUGACCAACCUAUCAGAGCUUUGGGUGGUUGAAUCUUCCCUCAAGGAUGCAACACAAGUAAGUACGUGCACACAUCUGAAAAAGCUAUACCUCUACUCGAACCAGCUGACGAAAUUUCCUGAAUUGAAGCCAUUGAAAAGACUUAACACGCUUUGGAUCUCUGGAAAUUCACUCGACAGCAUCGCCGAAAACAUACCCAAAGAAUUGAGAGAAUUGAAUCUUGCGGACAACAACAUUUCACACAUCGAUAGCUUGCGCAGAUGCCAUAAGUUAGAGACACUCAAUCUCGCCGGAAACAACAUUAGGAGAUUGAAUGACAUUGAUAUAUUAAUUCCUCUGACAAAACUGCAGAGCCUUAUUUUUGCAGACCAAAUGUACGAAGCAACACCUGUCACAUCACUGAUUAAUUAUAGAUCCUAUAUUGUGAGAAAAAUGCCACAGUUGAAAAGUUUGGAUUAUUUUAAGAUUGAAGAAGAAGAAAGAGAAUCUGCUAAAAUGUACUACAAUAGAAAGAUGCGGUAUUACAAUAUGGCCUGCUCAAUGGCCUGGAAUAAAUAUUUCAACGAGAAGAACCAGGAGAUUUUAAAGAGUUUCAACGACAUGAGAGCCUUAAAAAAAAGACACUACAUCAAUGCACUUACUGCUGUAAAAGCUGAGAAAGAAAAAGACUGGAAGUUAAAAGAGGAAUGUAAAAAACUCCGUCAGUUGCUUGACAGCGCAGCUUUCAACUGGGAAUGUAAUCACGGUCGGUGUAACGAAGCUCUGGACAAAAACCUUGAGAUAAAAUUGAAUCUCCUAGAACUUGAGCUUCAACAUUUUGGAAAUGUCCAUUUCAUCGAGCACAGCGAAGAUUCUAAACUUUUAAGUAUACUUGAAGAAUGUCUUGAAACUUACCUUUGCCCAUCACUUAAACGGCAAAUUAAUUUGGAAAGCGUAAAAGUGGACAAGGUGAUACAUAUCGCACAUACAAACCACAACUCGUACGACAGGCUCCAGAGUAUAUUUGAAAUUGAGCAAAACGCAUCCUUGGAAGAUCGCUUCCUCAUUCUCAACUCGCCUGUCGCUGUUGUCGACCUGGAAGAAUGGCCAUUUGAGUUCAUUCAGAAUUACCUGGCUCCUAAAGCGGGAUCUCAAAAGCACUGUACGAUCACAAAUAGCAUCGGAAUAGCAGACAAAGAAUGGCUUACGGCAAAUGGAAUUUACAAGAACAUACUCUUAACCAAUGAGAAGAAGCAAGGUCAUAGAGUUUUAAUCUUUGCUUACGUGCUUACACCUGCAGCACUUGAAUGUUGUUCGCAAGAGGAACUUGGUGUGUCACACGUGUCGGACAAAGUGGAACAGAGAGAGCCUUGCACGAUAUGCAAACUGUACAAGACAAACUUAUGGGAGAACAGUUUUCCAAUUUUUGUCACGCAUUACCAUUACGAGUACAAAAUCAAAUUUGAUUUUGAAAAGGACAGCAGCAGACUUGACAUCCCUUCGGGGGCCAUCUACGAGAACUCGCCCACCUUCUCGAGCGUGAUGGAAAGCACAAAGUUCGAAACUGUCUCCUGGCAUGGUCUGAUUUCACUCACACUGUCCAAGUGUCGUCUUUCGUCCUUCGGUCCGGUGACACCAAUCCAUAGCAUAAAACGGCUGGAUAUAACUUACAAUAAACUAACCAGUCUGCAAGAAGUGUUCAGAAUUUUUCCAAACCUAGAGGGAUUGCAUGCUUCCUUCAAUGAAAUUACAUCUGUCAACAACCUGAUGGAAAUGCAUCGCUUAGAAGAGCUUGACUUACAGUGGAACCGACUUUCGUUAUUAUUAGUGGCCCUGCAGAAUCUUAACAAGGCAUGUCCAAACCUCACGAGUCUUAACAUGAGCUACAACGCAUUCAAGGACGUUUAUGAUCAAAAGCACAUCCAAUAUUUCGUUUAUAAGUUCUUUCCCACACUGCGAAAGUUUAAUAAUGAAUGGCUUGGAAGUGAGAACAUAAUGAGCUGUUAUAAACUGAGCAUGAAGGACCUCCCGAUGGCCUAUCUGUCCGAAUCGACGAUGAACAGGAUAAAACAGCCGAUCAAGCUGUCUUGGAGCGGGCCGCUUUGCCUCAAGCACUCUGACUUCCGUACCACGUCCCAUAUCGCGAUCAACGAGCAGAGGGAGUUGACCUGCGUCUAUAUUGAAAAGUACAAGUGUUUCCACGACUUCCAGAUCGAUUCGCCCAAAGGGAGCAUACGCUGGCUUACAAUCAAGAACAACCAGUUGACAAAUUUGAAAUUUCUAAGUAUGAUGCAUAAACUGAAAGAAGUGGACGUUUCGUUCAACCUCUUGCAGAAAGUCGGCGAUUCAUUCGCAGGACUGCGAUACCUUGUGAAGUUGAAUCUAAUGGGCAACUACAUCACAACUCUUGAAGGAUUCAAGGGCAUCGAUUUACCACAACUUAAGGUCUUGAAUGUUUCAAAGAAUAAUAUAAAAUCUUUCUACGGCAUUGAAUCAUUUCUUACGAUAGAAGAGCUUUAUGCCUCGUCAAAUGAUAUAAGAAAGUGGGAAGUCAUGGAGUUUACAAAAACUUGGAAAAUGUUGCGCAUUGUCGAUUUGUGCGACAACAACAUAAACGACCCAUCAAUGCUGAGAAAAUUUUUGAUAUUUCACGGCCCAAAAAUUGAGUAUGUCAAUGGUGUGGCUAUUUGCGAGCAAGACAUUACUGCUGCUACAAAUACACUGAGUGGCCUCCUCGACAAAGAUUAUCUGCACAAACUUUAUAAACCGCAAGAGCUGAUGCACAUGACUGAAUUGACGAUUAAGAAAGUUGGCCUGAGACAGAUUUCCGUAAGCAGUUUAGCUACUAUGAACCUGACAAGUCUGAACCUAGAGCGUAAUGCCUUAUCGACAUUGAGUCCGCUCUCCCAUCUCAAAAGCUUAAAAACAGUCUGCCUUUCAUUCAAUCAAAUAAGCAGAUAUGGCGAUAGCGCUGAGGAUUUCGAUCAGCUCGAAGUGCUCUAUCUCAACUUCAACAAUAUAACAGACCUUAACCCUUUAGAGCUUAACCGUUGCCCUAAACUUACGACUUUAUUCCUUCAAGACAAUCAAAUCACUUCUUUAGACGGUCUGAGAGACAAUACCACGCUUGUAAAUUUAGUAUUAGAUAGAAACAAAUUGACAGAAAUAUCGGUGAAUGAUUUCUUAUCUUUUUUCAACCUGAGAGAUUUAUAUCUCGAGUCGAACCAAAUUAAAGAUUUGAGCUUCUUGAGAAGUUUAAAGAACCUCAAAAGACUCUUCAUCGGUUUUAAUCGAAUACAAGACCAAGAAACCUUGGAUAAUCUACAGCAUGUGCCAAAGCUAAAAGAGCUGACAUUCAUCGGAAAUCCUCUUUGCCGACUAAACAGCCAUUAUGUCGCUAUUUUCAAUGUACUGCCUCGACUCUCAUACAUUGACGGCUUCUAUAUCGAUGAUCAACUCAAGUAACAAUGCUUAAAUCCUAUUUAAACAACUACCAGAAAGAAAACUAGCUCGUACGUUAUAUCAGUGAUGUGAUAAAUAUUUAUACACUUUUUUUUAUUUAUUAAAUAUUAUACACGGA